AUGGCUGGAGAAGACCCGACCCGCCCGAUCGCGCCCGCCGGAACCCACCUCCGGAGUGACGACGUGGAGCUUGCGUCCUUCGCCAAGCCCCCGCCUCGCCGCAACCAGCGGCGCAGCAGCAAGUGCUUCGUCUACGCCCUCGCCCUGAUCGUCAUCCUCUGCGCCGCCUCCCUAGGUUUUGCCCUCACCGUCCUCCGUGUCAAGACCCCCGAGCUCAGGCUCCGCCACGUCGACGUCAGGACCCUCAGCUACUCCACCACCGCGACGACGGCCUCCUCGUCGGCUUCCUUGAACGCCACGCUGGUCGGCGAGGCCGUCCUCAGGAACACGAACUUCGGGAGGUUCGAGUUCUUGAACGGCACGGCGGUGAGCGUGAUCUACGGAGGGACGGCGUUGGGCGGAGGGAAGAUCAGUGGAGGGAGAGCGAGGGCGAGGGAGAGGGAGAAGGUGACGGUGAAGAUGGAGGUGAGGUCGAGCGAGCUGGCGGCGGAUGGAAGAAAGAACCUGACCAGCGACGUCGGUUCUGGGAUGGUGAAGCUCACGAGCUACGCGAAGAUGAGAGGGAGAGUGACGGUCGUGGGGUGGAUCAAGAGGUGGCGCACGGCAGAGAUGAACUGCACCAUGAGCCUUGAUUUGCGCGGCCGGAUGGUCCGGGAUUUGCGGUGUAACUGA